UUGAGUUUAUAUUUUAUAUUCCUUAAUUCACAGAUACAGAAAGAAACUGUAGUUUUUGACCUUGAUAAGGAGGAUGAUGCACCGGGACAUCCACUCAACCAGGAAAAUAAUGAGUAUGUGUCUCAAUCUACUUCAGUCAGUGCAUCUACUAAAGUUAAGUCCAGUAAUCGUGGUUCCCUUGUCCAGGCUACUAUAUCCACAUUAUUCAAGAAAGUGAAUGAAAAGGUGUGAACCUUUGUCAACAUAUCCUCGCAUCUAUGAUCUGAUCCAUGCAACAAACAUCGAAUCACUUAUAAAGGAUCCUGCCUCUGCCAAAAACAAAUGUAACCUUAUUGAUUUGAUGGUGGAAUUGGAUCGAAUUUUACUCCUAGAAGGAACUGUGGUGGUGAGGGAUACCCCUGAGGUAAUUGAAAGAGUAGUUCGUGUUGCACAUGAAAUAAAGUGGAAGCCCUCUAUAUAAUAAAGAACUUGAAUCACACGACAGGGAAAACAUUCUAAAUGCAACCAAGACCCUUGGAGGCUCUAUUGCUCAUCCCACUAACAUAGUUGCGUAGUUUAGGUAAAAUUUCAUUCUCACCGUUUCGGUGGAUGAGGAUUUUAAGGUUACAUACUCAUU